AUGUUUCUUGCUGAAAAUAGGUAUGUUGAAGGUUUGGAAAUGUUAGGGAAAGUAAAUGGUUAAUGCAAAUUUGAUAUUCACAUGGAGCAACCACUUAUAUGGUUAACUGAAAGGAAUCCCUAAUUUAGAUAUAUUAUGGGAAAAGUGAAGGAGCAAAGAAACUACACAUCGAUGGUACGAAAGAUGAUCCAAACAUUAAGAAAUUCUGGAAUCAUCGAUAAGUACAAGAAAAAGUUAAGAAUUGAAAGAAUGUUUAAAUCAACUACUUUGAGACUUGAAAUUAUAAGCUGCUAUUCAACUUUAUACAAAAGUAUAGUGUAUUGA